CGCAACACCAACAGAAUGGACGCAAUACCCGCAAAAGUUAUCAAGAAGCGCAUCCGUAAGCCGCGGGGUCGGGGAUUGAGGGCGAGAACUGGAUGCUUGACAUGUCGCACGAGGCACAGAAAGUGCGACGAGACUAAACCACGAUGCGGGCAGUGUACAAUGUCCGAUCGUGAAUGCAUCUUUGCGGCCCCUGACUCGCGCUCAGAGACCACUACAAGUUCGGCGUCGAGUGCGGCGAGGAUACACAAUAUCCUCUCGCCCACGCAGUCCUCGACGAGUCAGAGUCGCAGCCACAGUAACACCCAUAUCCCCGAUCAUGAUGGUGAAAAUAAUCACGACCACGACCACAGUAACGGUCGCAGUACCAGCCAUGGUCUCCCGCACGCCCACGCCCCCGUCGCCCCAACCCUCGACUACAACGCAACCGCCGGCCCCAGCCUAGAGACACACAACAUCAUCGACCCCGAACUCGCAGCGCUAUAUCCAGAUACACGACCGCGACCACCGCCACAGGGGCAACCCCAACCCUCCGUCCCGGACAUCUACCCCGCCUCCUCGCUAGGCUACGCCGUGCAAUCCCCCGAGACCGACGCAAGUGCAGAGCAUGCGACGACGCGGUGGCUCGAUCUCCUCGCCACAGAUGCCGCGCAGGCAGGUGAUGGGUUCCGGCUGACGCCGCUGCACGAUGUACAGAGUCUGCAUGAUGUGCCGCGGACGGGGUUUGAGCCGAGUCCGCCGGCGCAUUUGCUUUCUUCGAGGCAUCCGGAGAGGUACGCGUGGCAGGAGGAGAGUGAUCUCGCGUUGUCGAGGAGGGAGGCAAGGCUUUUUAGGGUGUUUACGGAGAGGAUUGCUUCUUGGCUUGAUCUCUUUGAUCCGCAUAAACCGUUUUCAAACUACGCAACCCGUCUUGCGACGCGCAACCUCGGACUCAUGAAAGCCAUCCUAGCCCUUUCAGCCCGCUACUCAGCCCUCUCGACAACCACCCCUUCAGAUCCAACCAACACGACCACCCCUUCCAAGACCACUGGGAACGAACCAUCCACAACCCCCAUCGACCCCGCCGAAUCGAUCCAAUUCUACUACGAAACCCUCCACUACGUCAGCACCGCCCUCCAAUACACGACAUACAAACACAGCGAAGAGCUCCUGGCCACCGCAAUCGUAAUCAGCACCUACGAAAUGCUCGACGCAAGCACGCACAACUCAAACUGGCAGCGCCACCUCAAGGGCGUCUUCUGGAUCCAGCGGUCGCAGGACGUGAAUGGGUCGUCCGGAGGGCUGCGGCAGGCCGUGUGGUGGGCGUGGUUGCGCCAGGAUAUCUGGGCCGCGUUUCGCGAGCGCCGUCGCUGUUUUUCGUUUUGGGGGCCUGUUGUGGAUUACCAGGACCUUGGGCAUGAGGAUUUGGCCCUGCGGGCGGUGUAUUUGCUUAGCCAGGCUGUGAAUUUCUGUGCCGAGUCGAGGAUAGACGCGAACAGUGGGAAUGGGAAUCGAGAGGGGGAUGCGGAUAUCGAGGCGGCGCGGUGGCGGAGUGAGCGUGGGACAGAGCUGAUGGAGAUGCUGGAGCGCUGGCGGACUUUCGCGAGCAGCGCCUUCAAGAUUCUUCCGACGGAGAGCCGCGAUGGUGUGCACGGGUGGACGCCAAUAUGGAUUCACCCACCGGCGUUUGCGGUCGCGAUGCAGGUGUAUAGCUUUGCGAAGAUCCUCGUGUGCCUGCAUAGUCCGGCAACGAGUGGGUUUGCCGAGUUUCGGAAGAUUCAGAAAACACUCAACGACGCCAUCGCAACAAUCUGUGGAAUCGCAAUGGAGCUGACGGACCCCAGCUGCCAGAUCAUCUCCGCGCAAUGCCUCUUCGGCGCCGGGCUCUGCGUUCAGGACGAGGCGAAGCAAGAGACGAUAGUCUCGUUUAUUCAGGCGUGUGGUGCGCGCACGGGGUGGCCGAUGGCGACAAUGCUCGAGGAUUUGCGGAUGGAGUGGAGGAAGGCGGCAUAG